CAGUUGAAGAAAGAAUGUCUUCCUGUUUCCUGUCUCUCUCCCUCUCUUUAUACCCCCUCGAUUCUCAUGAGAGUUAAAGCCAUGAUUUGUUGGCACCAAGAAUAUCUCCUCCUCUUCUUCUUCCUCUUCUUCCAUCGAGCAUUAACAAGAACGACAUGAAGGAAAAGGAGUCGAAUUCGAAGCCAUGGAGGCCGGCCUUGACCGCCAACUGCUGCUCGGCCGAGGACCAGACCGUCUUCAGCAACUUCAGCCGGUGCCGCCCCUCGCGGUCGGAGUACUCCAAGAACCUUGCGCCGAUGCCGUCAUUCCGGAGGCUCUCCUUCUCCGACCUCAGCCGGUCGUCCUCGAUGCGCAUCAACGAGGACCUCGCGCAGUCCUUCGGGCCCGACCUGUACGACUUCCAGCUGGUCGAGCUGAAGGCAAUCACGCAGAACUUCUCGAGCCACUUCUUGCUCGGCGAGGGUGGGUUCGGGACGGUCCACAAGGGAUACCUAGACGACAGCAUGAGGCAGGGCUUGAAGGCGCAGGCCGUCGCCGUGAAGCUCCUGGACAUUGAAGGCCUUCAAGGACACCGUGAAUGGCUGGCGGAAGUGAUAUUUCUGGGGCAACUUAGGCACCCGAACUUGGUUCGAUUGAUCGGCUACUGUUGUGAGGACGAAGAACGACUCCUCGUAUACGAGUUUAUGCCUCGAGGUAGCUUAGAGAACCACUUAUUCAAGAGGAUAUCAAUAUCAUUGCCAUGGGCCACAAGGCUCAAAAUUGCAAUAGGAGCAGCCAAAGGCCUUGCCUUCUUGCAUGGUGCUGAGAAGCCGGUGAUCUACAGGGACUUCAAAACUUCCAAUAUCUUGCUUGAUUCUGAUUUCACCGCCAAAUUAUCCGACUUUGGACUCGCCAAAAUGGGGCCGGAAGGAUCGAAAUCCCAUGUUACGACUCGAGUGAUGGGUACAUACGGUUACGCUGCACCAGAGUACGUCUCAACCGGGCACCUGACGACGAAGAGCGAUGUGUACAGCUUUGGGGUGGUCCUCCUGGAGCUGCUCACUGGGAGGCGGGCCGUCGACAAGCUCCGGCCGAAGACCGAGCAGAACCUGGUGGAUUGGACCAAGCCCUAUCUGACAAGCAGCAGGAAGCUGAGGUGCAUCAUGGACCCAAGGCUCGGGGGGCAGUACUCAGUAAAAGGGGCCAAAGAGAUGGCCCUCUUAGCUCUGCAAUGCAUCAGCUUGCAGCCCAAGGACAGGCCGAGAAUGCCUGCCAUCAUUGAGGCCCUUGAAUGCCUCCAGAACUUGAAGGACAUGGCUGUGAAUUCUGGUCAGUGGCCGUCCAGCAAGACCAAUGCAAGAAAUGGAGUUCAUGCCAAGGGAAGGAAUGUGGAAGCCAAGAAUGGGAAUUACAGAAAGUCUUAUCCUGUCACUCCUGUUAGGAAAACAUGAGGGGAAACAAAAGGAUGGGAAGGUGGGAGGUUUCUUUUGUCUAAGUGUAAAGUAGAAUGUGUGAAGGUUCUCCUCUCAGGAGUUCUUAUAAUACCUUGUAAAAUGAUAUACAGCGAUUUAGUCGCCGGUGUAUAUAUAUGUAUAUGUAUCACACAUAAGGAUAAUAGAUGGGCAACAAGAAGAAAAAAUGAAGGGAGUGUAGUCAUUGGAAUCUUCUAAAAUAUAAUAAGGAUGUACUUAGGGAAUGGUGAUGGCACAUAUGGCAUUUAUGUUGGACUAUCGAGUAUACCCUUAUUUCUUGUCGGUUCGAUCCCUCACAAAGCGAG